GUUGAUCUGUGAUUUUAUCCUUCAGUAAGAAAACAAGGAUAUUGUAUAGGUUAUAUUUACAACAAAAAUGAAUACAGCUAUGUUAUUCAAAAUAUACGGCUUCAAAAAUGUAACACCUUAUGUUAGAUCGUUGAGAUAUGUGAGCAAAGGACCUAAGCCUGAAAUUCCAAAUAACACCUUAGUAUCAGUGUAUUCUGCAGCACAACAGAAAGAAAAUGGUAUUGUAUAUGAUAGAAAGCCAUUCAAGCUGACCCUGGAAGCUGGCAAAACUUACCAUUGGUGUCUGUGUGGACGCUCCAAGUCACAGCCCAUGUGUGAUGGGGUACAUAAAGAUGUUUUUUUGAAAAUUACACAAAGACCCAUAAGAUUUAAAGUUGAAAAGACAAAAGAUUACUGGCUGUGCAAUUGCAAGCAGACGAAAAACAGACCAUUCUGCGAUGGAACACACAAACAAAAGGAAAUACAGGAGGCUUCCACAAUAAAAGUCUGAUAAAUUGCGAAUAACUUAUAAUUAAUGUUAGUCAACACUGUGUAAUAUAUAAGUAAAAUAAAUAGUUUGUUAAAUUGUAGAAAAUAAAUUAUAUUGUAUCAAG